AUGCCUGUGAAUUGCAGCAGCUGUGAAACCCAACGCGCCGCCCUGCGUAGACCGAAGACCGGCCACUCCGUCUGCAAGGAAUGUUUCUUCCAAGCCUUCGAGGAAGAGAUCCACCACACCAUUGUGUCUGCCAAGCUCUUCCAGCCAGGGGAGAAAGUCGGCAUCGGUGCGUCCGGCGGAAAGGACUCGACGGUGCUUGCCCACGUCUUGAAGGUUCUGAAUGAGCGUUAUAACUACGGUCUGGAGCUCAUCCUGGUGUCCGUGGACGAAGGCAUCUCGGGGUACAGAGACGACUCGCUGGAGACGGUGAAAAGGAACCAGCAGCAAUAUGAGCUUCCUCUGAAGAUCGUGUCCUACCAGGAGCUGUACGGGUGGACCAUGGACCAGAUUGUCAAGCAAGUGGGGCUGAAGAACAACUGUACGUUUUGCGGUGUGUUCAGGAGACAGGCGUUGGACCGGGGGGCCAUGAUGCUGGCCGUUGAUAAGAUCUGCACGGGUCAUAACGCAGAUGACAUCGCCGAAACGGUGCUCAUGAACUUCCUCCGGGGAGACAUUGCCAGGUUGCGACGGUGCACCGCCAUCACAACGGGCAGCGAGGGCGCCAUCCCGCGAUGCAAACCCCUGAAGUACGCCUACGAGAAGGAGAUUGUGCUUUACGCCUACUUCAAAAAGCUUGACUACUUCUCCACCGAAUGCAUCUAUUCCCCCAACGCCUACCGCGGCCAUGCCCGGGCUUUCCUGAAGGACUUGGAGGCCCUGAGGCCCAGCGCCAUCAUGGACAUCAUCCACUCGGGGGAAAAUUUAUCAGUGAAAGAGGACAUCAGGAUGCCCGUCCAGGGGACCUGCACCCGCUGUGGCUACAUAUCCAGCCAGGGACUUUGUAAGGCCUGUGUGCUGCUGGAAGGCUUGAAUCGAGGUCUACCCAAGUUGGGCAUCGGCAAACACACCACAAACUUCACCAUAAGCUCCUGGCGCAGGAACCGUUGA